AUGGAUGAGGAUACAACUCGCGCGUCGCAGGAAAACCCAGCCGCAUAUCUCCAUCUGGUAGACACUAGAAGCGACCACCAAUCUCAGCUGUGGGAGCGAGAAAUCUUCAGGAUUGGGCGAGACCCUCGUUCAAACACGUUGGCUGUUGAUAAUGACCUCGACGUUGCAGUUUCUCGAAACCACUGCGAAGUCUAUGUUGUGGUGUAUGAGCCAACAAUCAACCAUGUCUAUGUGCGGGACCGAAAGUCUUCAAAUGGUACCUUUGUCAAUGGCCAACUCAUUGGUUCUGGUCCGGAUAUAAGCCCUGGCUACCUACUACAGAACGGCGAUCUGUUUGCAAGCAAGUAUCGCGUCAGUGACCAUUGUCUUGGCCAAGGAGCGGAAGCAGUCGUCUGCCUCGCAAACGACGUCCAGACGAAGAAGCAGUUGGUUUGCAAGUUGAUUAAUCUCGACAAGAUUCAAGGAAAGAAUUCUCAGGAGGACAUCCGCCGCAAGUUUCAGGAAGCCGACAUCUUGCGCCAGCUGCGACAUCCUAACAUUCUCCCUUACGUGGAUGCUAUCUCGUCACCACACUCACUCUACACCUUUACAGACCUUGCAUCGGGUGGUGAUCUCAUGUCAUUCAUCCUACGCCAUGGCACUGUCAAGGAACUAGACUCACGGAUCAUCAUACGCCAAGUUGUCCGUGGUCUUGGCUAUCUCCAUGAGAAAGACAUCGUCCACCGUGAUCUCAAACCAGAGAAUAUCCUCUUGGCGUACUCGCCCAAGAUUGCGUACCAUCGAGUCAUGCUUUCAGACUUUGGCAAUUCUGCCGUGCCUCGACGCAGCAGAAUGAUCACAAACGCUGGGACACCAGGAUACCAAGCACCGGAGUUCGCAGCGGGUGGGCAAGCUCAUACUGCAGCUGUCGACAUCUGGUCCUUAGGUGUUGUUGCACUGCUCCUCCUCGCAUCUGAUAACCACGACACAGAGCUCAACAAGAUGGACCAAGGAGAUAUCAUCGAAUAUCUCACGAAACUGUUCAAUAGCUUACAGACACAACCCUCUUCUGAAGGGAUUGACUUCGUCUGGAACUGUCUGAAAGUUGACCCAUUGCAGAGAAUCAAUGCAUAUGGUGCGAAAACGCAUACAUGGCUUUGUUCCCCGAAGAAGAAUCGGGAACUGUUCAAACGAAUGGACUCUAGAAUACUGUCUUCUUGGAAACCUCAAAACAAGCUCAAACCGAUGCCUUGGGUGUUGCCUGAUCUUGCACCGAGCAACCCACCAACACCCACAAGAAGCCCAGGCUCAUCAAUCAGCCAAUAUUUCACUACGACACCCACGCGGCUUGAAAAUACGGCCAUACAGUCUAAAGACCGCGUUCUAGAGGUAGUUGCAGAAUCUGACCCAGGAACUGCCACUGGUAAGACUACCUCAUCUUUCUCGGUGCAACCGCGACCAUCCAGUACUCUAAGAGAGUUUGCGACAAAUCCCAAGAAGUCCCAACCUCCUUGGCAAGGGUUUCGUAAGCCUAACGAUUUAGCGAAUACUGAAUUCCCAUCAAAACGCAGAAGAGUUCCAAGAACCAGGACUCAUGAUACUGCGAAUCUUCCCCUCCCCGGGCUAGAGAGGCAUUUAAGAUCGCCCACCAAUCCUCGCUAUAGGCAAAACGUUCUUUCGGCUCUCGAGAGGACGAAAUCGAAAUUCCUCACAGAUGGCAUCUCUCCUGUUCCGAGAACUCCUCUCGAUGCUCUUACUACCAAUGCCUUGGUACCGCCAUCAAGCCCUAAGAAACGGAAGAGCAAGUAUGAUGUGAGGCUAAAGGAAUCGGUUGGGGCCAAUAUGCGACACCCACCUCAGCUCACAUUCCGCUGA